AUGAAUAAUGCAUUUUUCACCCGUCUUGUUCCCUCUGAAAAUCUUGGGAAUAUGGUUGAUGGAAACAUUAAUGCAAAGAUGAAAAGUGCUGACUUUAAUCCGUUCUCUUGGGACAAUAGCAGCAAGAAAGUCCAGUCCAGUGUCAUUAGCCUCGAGCUUCAAACGGAAAAUGCAACAAGACUGAAUGUUUCAAACCUCGAUGAUUACAUUGAAAUAGUUAUACCUAUUUCCACCCCUCCUUCAAAUACCAGCAACGGAUCAGAGCAUUAUUUUCUAAAGCCAAACAAAUUGACUGUGAGGAGGUAUUACGCAGAUCUAGCAGAUGUACCUGUUUCCAUCAGGCUGGGAGUGGCAAAAGAGGAGACAUUAGUUAAGAUGCUUGUGAAAUUUGCGUCAAAACCUACCACAGAGGACUCUGACCUCAACUUUACGCUAAAGCUCACGUCAAAGUGCGGAAAUGUGACAAAGAGCGAGGCCAAAGAAAUUUUGUGUAUUCCAGAAGAGAGAAUAAUUACCGUACUUCCUACCGAACCAAGUCACAUUUACAUAGGUUUAUUAUUGGAAGAAUCGAAAAAUGCAGGCAAAAAUUCCAGAGAGAAACGGUCAUGCUUCGGGCAUGGUCGCCAGAGACGAUCAUGCGUUGGCGUCAAAGAUCCACCUCCGAAAGGGAUCCUUCAGACGAUUUUACCUCAAUAUAACCCACAAACUGAUGUCAACUACACGUUGACCAUAACCCAGUCAAGUUGUUUGUAUUGGUCUGAAGAGGAGGAAAAAUGGACAUCCGAUGGUUGCAAAGUCGACGUGGGCUCUAACACCACGCAUCUCAAAUGCCUCUGCAACCAUCUGACGUCUUUCGGCGGAAACUUCAUUCAAGCUCCCAAUCCCAUUGACUUCGACAAAGUUUUCACGGAGUUUGCGCGACUUAGCGAGUCGGGCAACAUCUCAGUGCUCGUGACAAUUGCAUUUGCGUUCCUUAUUUACUUUGUAGCUCUUAUAUUUGCAAGGAGGGCUGACAAAAGAGAUCAAAGCAAGGUAUGCAUUUUAAUUUUGUAUAUAAAUCUUGUUGAAGAAGGAACGUACUACUACGACAUGGUUAUCAGCACUGGUGUUUGGAGAGACUCAGCUACAACGGCAAACGUACUGAUGAACAUAAAAGGAGACAACAAUAAACAUGAUCUCAUCACUCUUCAAGAACAUGGUGAUUUACAGGAAGUUUUCAGUCGAGGAAGUAUAAAUGGUUUCGUUCUGGUUACAAAUGAGUCAUUAGGAAAUCUAAACGAAAUAACUUUGGAACACGAUAAUUCAGGAGAAAGUCCAUCUUGGUUUGUAGAAAGAGUGGUAAUCAGAGACAGACACACAGAAGAACGCUGGGUGUUCCCCAUAAAUAGAUGGCUCGCACUCGAAAAAGACGAUGGGCAAAUAGAAAUUAGUAUAAAAAGCAAAGCAGCUACAUCCUUUUCGGCGGAGGUGAGAUCGCGCUUUGGGAGAAAGAUAGCUGACAGCCAUUUGUGGAUGUCAGUCUUUGGUAAAGCGUGCAGUAGUACAUUCACGCGCGUGCAAAGAGUGUCGUGUUGUCUUUCAAUUCUCUUCAGUGCAAUGAUAGCCAAUGCCAUGUUUUAUAAUAUUGGCGGGGAGUCAGCGGGAGCAAUACAAAUUGGACCUUUCAAGUUCUCCUGGAGACAAAUAGUCGUUGGAGUACAGAGUGCUAUAAUAGUCGCACCUGUAAACGUUCUGAUUGUGUUUCUGUUUAAGUCUAGUAGAACAAAGGAGAAGAAAGAAGACAAAUAUAAAGAUUCAUUUCAAGCACAACAGCUCGUCGAUGAAGUAAAUGGUCAAGGCUGUAUGCUGCCAUAUUUCUGUGUAUACAUCGCUUGGUUUCUCUGCUUUUUCACCACUAUGACAGCAGCAACAUUUACGUUAUUUUACAGUUUAAUGUGGGGUAAGGAAGUCGCUGAGCAGUGGCUGGCCUCCAUUCUUAUUUCCAAUGGACAAGACGUUUUUGUCAUGCAGCCAACAAAGGUCAUGUUAGCAGUUAUUUUAGUUUCCUUUCUUAUGACUAGAAACAAACAGGAUGAUGUGGAAGAGGGACUUGUUAAAGAGGGUGAACUCCAAAACGAUGAUGUGGAUAUUUUGAGUGACAAUCCUAAAGAACGCUUUAAACAGAGCCUCAUGGAGAAAAUGCGCAUACAAAGCAGAAAAGAGGCUCGGUUAGCAAGUACGGCGAGGGAAAUUGUCCUCCAUUUGUUAUUUGUGUUUCUGCUGUCAGUAGUUUCCUAUGGCAACAAGAAUGAGAAUCGUUUCUUGAUGACAACAGAGAUGAAAAAUACUUUCGCAAGCUUUGAUCUGGUGAAUGAUUCCCAGAGACUGUCGAGAUGGCUGGCAAAGCAGUUUCUACCAAACGUAUACAACCAAGACUGGUAUAAUGGCCUCGAAGAGCCAAAUGAUGUUUACAUCGCUAAUAAGAUGUCCAUAUCGAUUGGCAUGCCUUGGAUGCGACAGCUAAGAAUUCAUAAAAGUCGUUGUGAGUCACUUUCUGAAACUAUACCAGACUGCUACUACGACUAUUCUCCAGAGAUAGAGGACACAACAGAGUUGAGUCUUCCAGGCUGGCGGCCACUUCCCUUAAAUGCAUCCUGGCCAAAGGCACUUCGAAUUUGUCCAAAACCCUGGCGUUACCAGACAGCUGAAACGCUAGACACUGAUCCUGUAAAAGCCGUGUACAACACUUAUGGAGGAGGUGGCUACGUAGCUGUCUUGGGAUAUGAUGAGCAAACAGCACGUGGCGUUUUAGAUGAAACCGUUGGCCAUGGAUGGCUUGAUCGAAAUACUCGUUCAGUAAUCGUGGAGUUUGCAGCGUUCAAUUUUAAUACGAAUUUAAUUAGCAUUGCUACGUUUAUUUACGAAAUGAUUGCGGCUGGUGCAGCCUACACGGUUAUGAGGGUGGAUACUCUCGAGUUGUACAGCACGGAGUCGGGGGCUCUCAUGUUUUAUCUCAUCUGUCAAUUUUUAUUCUUGGCAAUGGUGCUAUUCUACCUCAUCAUGAUGUUGUUUCACCUUUACAGACAACGGUUGGGAUUUUUUAAGUCUUUCUGGAAUAUGGUUGAUUUCUUGAUGAUCAUCUCUUCUACAAUGUCCGUGGCGUGCUACAUGAUCAGAUCCAAGAAAAUCUUAAACAGCAUCAAUGCAAUUAAAAAAAAUCCUUUCGAAAUAAUUCAUUUUCAUUCUGCUUUAAGUUGGGCUAAUUGGGAAAAUGCCUCUAUUGCUCUUGCGAUUUUUAUGGUUACAGUGAAGCUUUUAAAUCUUAUUCGUUUUAACCCUUAUGUCAUAUACUUGUUCUCGUCUUUCCGACAAUCUGUAGGCUACCAACUGUCAUAUUUGGUUUUCUUUGCCAUAGUAUUUAACGCUUUUGUUAUAUCAGGAAUGCAGCUUUUUGGAGGAGUAGUUUAUCAUUACUCUAGUUAUCUGCAUGCUGCCAUUUCGCAAUUUGAAUUUCUGUUGGGAAAGGCAGUCCCAAUUGCUGAUCUUCGCAAAGAUAAACCUUUUAUCGGUCCAACUUUUGUUCUUUUGUUCAUGUUAAUGAUGACGAUAUUUCUUAUGAAUAUGUUGGUAUCUAUCCUGAACGAAUCCUACACUGACGCCAAAGAUAACGCAGAAGAAAGUUCAGAAGAGCUUGAAAUGGCGCAUUUCAUUGGGGAGCGUUUCAUGAACUUAUUCCAAGAAGGAAAAAGGGGACCAGAAUUUAAAUUAUUUUGUGACGAAACAACUUUUGUCAACAUGUGUCGUUCCGACGCGGAACCGUUCUGUUUAAACUCUCAAAGUCUCCUUAAUUGUACGGAGGAACGGUUGGGAAAAUUAGAUAAAAGAAUAAGCGCAGUCAUGAGACGCACAGAGAACAUCGAUGGUGAUGAACUAGAGGAGGAGGAAGAGUUUAAUUAUCUCCUCGUCUCAUUGAUUGAUUCUCAUUGGUAUUAA